AUGGCCAUGCUCCGGAGCGGCUGGCGACGAGGUGGAGCGAUAGAGCUUGGAGAAUUAGCCAAGCUCUUGACUUCAGAAGAAAAACAGUUAAUGAAGCAGCAGUGUGGAGGACUGCAAACUUUUCUUAGGAAUCAACAUCAAGUGUUCAAGCUCACUAUGAGCAAAAUUGUCGAAAAUGUUUUGUACUUAGCUGACUCGUACAAGGAAGGGACUACUCAUGUCUACUCGUAUUUUGAAAGUCGUGGUGGAAAGUUCCCAGAGGUAUGCUUCUUCGGCCUUCAGUACAUCCUGAAACGAUGGCUUGUUGGGAAGGUCGUGACUCAUAAGAUGAUAGAUGAUGCAAAAACAUUUUACAAGCUUCAUUUUAACAUGGACGUUUUCAAUGAGUCAGGUUGGAGGCAUAUUGUUGAUAAGCAUGAUGGAUGCCUCCCGCUACGAAUCAAAGCUGUACCUGAAGGAAGUGUGGUUCCCACUAAAAAUGUACUAUUUACUAUAGAGAAUACUGAUCCUGAGGUCCCAUGGCUCACGAAUUGGUUCGAGACUCUCUUGGUGCAGACCUGGUAUCCAAUGACGGUCUGCACUACUUCAAGAGCAUAUAAACAGCUUAUUGCUAGCUUUCUUUACAAAACCAGUGACUCAAUGGAUGGACUGCCUUUCAAGUUACAUGAUUUUGGCUAUCGAGGCUCAACUUCUGUGGAGAGUGCAGGACUUGGUGGUGCUGCCCAUUUAGUGAAUUUUGUGGGUACUGAUACCAUAGCAGGUUUGCAGUUAUGCAGGGAAUAUUACUCGUGCGAAAUGGCUGGAUUCAGCAUACCUGCCACUGAACACAGUACAAUCACGACAUGGACUCGUGAAGGCGAGGUUGCGGCAUUCCGGAAUAUGCUGCGACAGUAUCCAAAGAAGGUUAUAGCCGCCAUCCUUGUACAUAUUGCAGGUGCUAGGAUUACUCGAGGAAAAGUUUCCAGUGACGGUAAAUGGGAAAGGUUACAAAAUUUUACCGCCCUAUUUGGCGAAAUCAUGACAAGUGUGUACGGGCAUCACUUAUGGAAUCGAAUUGGACGCGAUCCUUCAGUCGCCAGCUUUAUCAAAAAGGAGGGUGGAGUGCGGACAAUGUGGUGUUUGGCGCUGGAGGUUCACUUCACCAACGACUAA